AUGAAGAUUGUCGUUGCAGAUCGCGACGGCGUUGCGCACGAGCUCGACGCUGUCGAAGGAUGGCGGGUGAUGGAAAUUGUCCGCGCCCAUGGAGUGAAACUUGGUGCUGAGUGCGGUGGCUCCAGUGUUUGCGGUGAAUGCCGUGUGCGCGUGGCCCCGGAGUGGCAGAACAAGCUGCACGAACCUCGCGAUGAAGAACUUGAUCGGCUGGACGAGCACCUUGCAGGCGACGACGAACGCCUGUCCUGUCAGCUGAUUUUCUCUGAGGAGCUUAAUGGGUUGACAUUGAGCCUGCCGGACGCUGCUUAG